AUGGCGCUUCUUUGCCGUGGUCUCGCAUUGCUGUGCCUUUUGCCUCUCAAAUGCUAUUCAUAUCGAGUCGUUGAGCGAGACUCACGCAGUCUUCACGGAGCAAAAGAUGAGUUUAUCCCUCAGGGGACCAAACAGAUGUUCAAAGGAGUGGCUCGUUCGGUCGGCAGGAUAAAUCAAAUGAGUCAGAUGUAUCGCGAAAACCUCUUCAGGGUGCACCAACGCAACUUGCAUUUGCGAAAUUCCGCCAUGAAGCCGAACUUGAUGAGAGAUUUCCACCAGAUGCAGCGUUUCCAGAAUUUGGGCAGGUACAGGUUCAGUACCUUUCCAGGAAAGAAGACUUUGCUUCCACAGAACCUGAUGCCCAUGGUGUCCCGCAGACUGAUGUCUACUAAAGAAGCCAUGCGAUUUGGCAAAGUCUUCAAGGACUACAUGGCGAAACGAGAUAUGAAAGAUGCCAGGUUCCUUCAACAAAGUGGACAAAGGGAAGGAUGGUGCACUCCGGAGCAGCUGAAAGAGUUCAAGAGCCGCUUCUAUGGUGGAAAUGAAAACAUUGAUGGUGCUUUAUCCUACAAACAUCCCACAUCGAAAUUCACGGCCUUGUACAUCAUGACUUCAGCAGCGGGAGAUCACAAUGGUGCUUUUGCCAGCCUGGAGGGUGGAAGCACUAAUGGUGGCUUAUGGAACAUGUGCGGACGCAUGCUGCGCAUGAGUUCGCUGUACAAUGUGAUCUACAAACGUGUGAAUAGCGUGGCGGAUGCCACAGAGUUUGUGAAGGAGGUGAAGAAUGAUCCGGACUUUGUGAAGGAUGGAAAGGCCCUGAAACAUGUGACCAUCAGUGGCCAUGGAAACCCUGGUACCUUGGUGCUGGGUGAAAACCGGAUCUUAAGUUCGGAGCUUACGGCCAGUAGGGACACCAUCACCAAAAAGUUUCUCAAGGAGCUCAAGCCAGCACUGGUGCAUACAGGUGAAGCCCGUUCCACCGUGUUUCUGGACUCCUGUUCCACCGGGCAGCAGCCGAAGAACGGCGGUGAUCCCCUGGCCCAACUGGUGGCGGAUGCGCUGCCGGGGGUGGAAGUGCACGCCUUUGAGGAUGUCAGCUAUCCCAAACUUGUGAAGCUGCAGGACAGCUUUGUGAAGGAUGCGAACUUCCAGUGCCAGUGGAAGCUGGAUGGAAAGUGCCUCCAAGCCAGUGUAUUCAUGUCCAAGACCGAUAGCACUGUGGACACUUCGCAAGAAUCACUUCCUGAACCUCAAUAUAGACGCCCGGUAUACGAUGAACCUGAUGCAUAUCUGGAACUCUCGCGUGCCAACGUCUCAUUGGGUCACCAGAACAAAGACGAUGAAUUCGUGUUCUAUGAUGGUGUCUCCUUUGCUGCAGAUCCGCAGAUGUGCGCGGAAUGGUGCGGGAUGAUCCAAGAAUGCCACAGUUUCCAGUUUGUUGAGUUGCUGGAUGAUGAAGUUCUGGAUCUUGGCAUGUGCAUCUUAAAAGCUUCGCCAAAGAAGGCACUUGAGUCACUGGAUGAGUCUCAUGAGUCGGAGGUGGAUUCUGAGUUUGACUAUGAAACGUUGGAUUGA